AGGCACUUAUUUAAGUUUUCAGAGCGGGACCGUUCAUCACACCGUGGCCCGUUAGUCAACGGAACAGACCCGGUCUUUCUUCUCCUGCAAGGUGAAAUUGGUGGAGCCAUUAUGGCUCAAAUGGACGCAGCUAACCGCUUCAACCCGCUGGUGAUUUUUGACCUGGAAACCACCGGACUGAAUAUCGAAGAUGAGGUCAUUCAAAUUGCUGCUGUGGUGAACCCUGGUUCAGCCUUCAAUUGCUUCAUGAUGCCCGCGAGAGACAUCCCUGGUGAGGUGACGGCUUUGAGGGGCUUCGCCAAGCACGGCGACUCGCUGACGCUGGAUGGCCGGCGCGUGGACACGGUGACCCGAAGCGCCGCUGUCCGCGGGUUCCUGGAGUUCGUCCGCCAGGCUCGUGGGACCACUGGGACGGAGCAUCGCCGGAUGGUGCUGGCGUCGCAUUACGCGUUCGGCUUCGGUGCCGACCGCCUCCUCAGACUGGUCGACGAGGAGGGCCAGGUGGCGGCGCUGGCCGAGCUGGUGGAGGGGUUCGCCGACACGCUGCCCGUUUUCCGGACGGCCCUCCCGCACCGCGCCCACGGGACCUACAAGCUGGGCAUGCUGGCCCAGGACUUGGAGGUCAUGGACGGCGUCGGGGCUUUGCACAGUGCGGACCGAGACGCCAUCGUCAUGAAGCGCCUCAUCGACACGCUCGGCGUCGCGGAGCAGCUGAAGGCGUCCUGCCGGCCCCUGUCCGAGUUCAAAGCUUUCAGGACCGCGGAGCUGCGCUACAAGCUGCGUGCCAUCAAGGCCUUGGAGGAGGCGGCCAAACAAGUGAAGACGAAGCUGCCGGAGGUCGUGGAGUCUGCGGGGUGGGCCUCGCACUUCCAUUUGGGGCAGCUGGACGAGCAGCAGAGCAAUCUGGAGUCGGCGAAAGAGGAGUGGCAGGACUUUUGUGCGGCCGACGCAGAGAGCCAGGACUCUGCCAGGGAGGAGGCGGACUUGGCGCUGACGGCGGCGCAGCAUUUGCCCGACUGGCUGGCCCUGGCGGACUCCCAAGCGGCCACGUGGACGCUGGAGCUGCGGCAAGGAGGUGUCGUCUGGAGAGGUAGCUUUCCGGUCGCCAUGUUCGCGGAGGCUGCGUGCCCUGCGCUGUACUCGCUGUUGGACGACGGCGUUCUCCAGAGGCAGACACCUCGCCAGCAGUGUGGCACCGUGGUGAAGCGGCUGCGGCGACUGGAGGCGACCGUUCGCAAGGUCAAGGCUCCCCUGGAGCGACUCUUCCACCGCCUCGAAUUCUUCCGGAACAAACGCGAGGAGGACCACCUGGAGGCCAUCGCCCACCGCCUGAGCGACACGAGGCAGAAGGUGGAGGAUGCUUUGAACGCACCCGGCUUCCCGAGUCUGGGUGACACCAUGAAGCUAGUGGACGAAACGCUGCAGCGUGACCAGUACCUAGCAGACUGGCUGCAGCUCAUUGCCGACGGCGGGGCUGUGGUGGACAUGAAGGUGCAGCUUGGCUCGGACGCGUGGGCCGGGAAGACCAGCAUGAAAGAGUUUCCCCAGGCUGCGCAAGUUCUGCUGUUUGACGUCAUGUGUUACCACAAAGUCGAGAGGCAGUAGAAAGCUUCGUCUGACCUGGAAGCAGUGGACUUCGACGUACCCAACGCCCUAUGACGCCCGAGUCGUCUCUCCUCUUCUCAAGCUGCUGUAUGCGUGUCGCUUGUUUAUUUUAAUUUCCUGAUCAGUCUCUUGUAGACGGCCGGUGCGUUGCGAUAUGUACAUGCACACUGUUAUUUGUUAAGUUGAUCUUAUAUGUCGGUUUUCUCAACCACAAAUUCAUUUGAGUGUUAUUUUUAAAUAAAUAAUUAGAGCUAUUACUGAGCA